UGCAUCUGACAGCUCAAAUCUCGUUUUCCACUACUCCGGGGAGGUUAAGGCUGGGUGUUUUGGGGGGUGCCGACUGCGGGGUUCCCUGCUGGUGCUGAUUGGACGCCGCGCCGUGGUGACGCGCUCCGGCCUGGGCGAGCGGCGCAGUCCGGGCGGGCGGUUUCAGUUUUCACCCGGGCGACCGUCUCGUCGACUCUGGGGGUGGGAGGCUUGGCUGAGAUGGAGCGGACUGGCUUUACUUGCAGAGCAAACGGCAAGCGGGUUCCGCUGGCAGGCAGGGCGCCUUGCAGGCAGUUCAUCAAUGGUUGUUGUCGAUUUGGUUCCAACUGUCACUUUUCCCAUGAGUUGCCGGUGCUGAAGUCCACACAGAUCUGCAAGUACUUUCAGAAAGGAGGCUGCUGGUUUGGUGACAGGUGCAGAUAUCAACAUGUUCUUCAGCCUGAUGGGGGUGCUGUUGGGAGCAGACGGGGUUCAGCACCUGCUCUCCAGCCCAUCUGGGAGGGCAGUGUGCUCCAGAACCGCCGUGGCUCCGAGCCCUCCAUCUCCAUGGCCCGGGGGAGCUAUGCCAGGAACCGCAGAGGGUCCGAACCCCUGGUGGCAAGCUUUGCCAGUCAGCAGCGCAACUUCGAGCGGCUGAGUGUGGAGAUCAAAGAGGAAGAGGAGCAUGCCGCUGCCGAGGGGGCACCCACAGAGCAGGAGCAAAAGUUGCAGAUGCAGAACAGUCUUGCAGUAUCCCAUAAUGUCCCUCAGCCCAUUGAUGGGGCCACAUCCAAUGUGGCUUCUAUGCCUUUACUCGCUGUUGCAGGCGUUGCACUAGAAGAUAGCAGGGGCUCUGCUUCUGGGAUGCAGGUGGCAAGUCAGAGGGGUGCAGCACCUUCAGAGAGCAGAGCACAGGCAGAGAGGUCGGCAGCAGAAGCCUAUGACCAGAGUAAGGACGUGACCUGUGGGAUCUGCAUGGACAAGGUGUACGAGAAGCCCACCCCCCAGGAGCGGCGUUUCGGCAUCCUGCCUAACUGUUGUCAUGCCUUUUGUCUGGGCUGCAUUGUCACCUGGAGGAAGACCAAGGACUUCCAGAAUGAAGUCGUCAAGUCUUGUCCUCAAUGCAGGGUAAAGUCAACUUUCUAUAUCCCCAACAAGUACUGGGUCAGAGAGGGUGAGCAGAAGGAAACUCUGAUUUCCAGUUUCAAGGAGAAAUCCAGGAAAAUAAGGUGCGGUUUUUUCACGCGGCAUGGAAGCUGUCCCUUCAAAUCGGAAUGCAUCUACUUGCAUGAGCUACCCCGGGGACAAAGGCCACGCCGACUGCGCCGCUCCACUCCGGUAUGCGUACAGGAGCCCUACCAGGUGAACCUGGAGGAUGCGGACAGUGACAGUAUGCACCUCCUGCAGUACGUCAUUACUCUGGCCCUACUGGACAAUGACGAGGAUGAAGAGUUUCUGGAUGACUACUUCUCUCUACUCCUGGAUGGUCCAGACCUCUACUGAGCCAGGAGGAAGUAGCCCCAUUGUGCCUGCAGGGGCACAGAGCAGUAUGAAAUCCCAGGCCUAGUAGCCAAGGCUGUCAUGUGCUCCAUUCAUGGUAGCAAUUCAAGUCUCUUUAUUUAGCUACCUGAUGGUGUAGCCGUCUAUAUAAAAGUAACCUUGGCUGAAUUUCUUUGUCUUGAUUCCCAUUUUCAUAACUGAAUGACUCCAAUUUUUUUAAUGUUCACAGUCCUGUUUUUUAACUUUAGUCCAAUUUUUAUUUGCCUCCUUAUUGCUAUUCUGUUAAUCUUUCAAUUGCCAAGGCUUACUGGAGUCUAUAGCAAUCUAUGGGCUGCCUUUGGAUAUGGGUUUUUUUGUAGCAGGUUUACGCCCUGUGUACUCUUGUAAACUGGACUAACAUUCUCCUGGAGGCAACAGGGAGGAGAUGCUACGUUACUCAAAGCUGCUGUGACAUUUGGAUGACUUGUAGUUAAAUUUGUUCAAAAUGUUGGGGAAAAAUGUCAAAUUAUUAAUCCUAUUGCUUUAUCACCUUGUUUAAAAAAAAAAAUGCAUGCUUGUCUGUGCUUUGUCAUGACACAGUCACUAGAGUUGUCUGCAGUAUUGAGCUGAGCCUGGCACUGGAUAAAACCCCCACCCACCCCUUUCUUUUUGGUUUGGACUCAUCUGAGAAAAUUGUAAAGUCUUUGUUCAGGAAGCUGUGUAAUGUGUGAAAGUGAGUUUUAAAAGUUAAUUGAGUGGGGCAUAGUUUUUUUUUUAUGUAAUUCUGCCUAGACGGGUGAAGUUUAAGCUGUUCAGCUUGCCCUUUUCCAGUUCCUUUUCCUCUUCCAUGCUGCUGGUUUAAGCUUCAGUGUCUGAUACGGUUUCCACUAGCUCUCCCUCACUCUGUAUGAAAGCAGUGUUCUGAAUCGGCAGGCAUUCUGAGGUCUUUAACUUAAUGCAGUGUUAAUGUGGCAGGCUUACUGUACAGAUUGAGGGUCUACUAGACUUUUAUAACUUUUUAUAUGAUUGUAUUCACCAAAAAAAAGAAUAAAACAUGUUUCACAA